AUGAUAAAUAUAUCUUUAUUAUUAUUAUUUUUGUUUGUGUGUACAGUACAUUGCGAGCGAGUUAUAUUAACUUGUGACCAUAUACGCGCAUUUGUUGAUGGUCAUAACACGCGUCGUUUAAAAGUUGCACAGGGGUUAGUGCCUGGGCAGCCUGCAGCAUCAAAUAUGCAGUUUAUGGUAUGGGAUAAAGAACUUGCAGAAAAGGCUAGCGAUUGGGCAGAUAAAGGUGUAUUCGCACAUAACCCAGACAAAACAAUAGGUUCAAAGAGAUGGAAUUCGAUAGGAGAGAAUAUUUAUAUGUCCAAUUUUUAUUCAAAUAUGGGUGAUGAAGCGCCGAUAAAUAUAGAAGAAGCAUUGGACUUUUGGUUCCAAGAAUAUAAAAAUUAUAAUUUUUGUCCUUUCUAUUUAAACUUUGUUAACCAAUUUGCUCACUAUACACAGAUGGUUUGGUCUACCACUAAUCGUAUUGGUUGUGGCAUUUCACAGACAAAGGACAAUAACUUUACAAAAACGCUGUUCGUUUGUGACUAUGGUCCAACCGGAAAUUAUUUUGAACAAAAACCGUACAACUCCACUCAACAAGCAACAAACAUACUUCGAUGCAGCGAUGGUGCUUGCAGUAAACCUUAUGGAUCUAAUUGUUAA